ACGUCCAACGUCAUUAAUAUUCACAACCACGUCUUCUCGGCUAGGGCUGCAAAUGAGAGGCGGGGCACGAAUGGACCGAUCUCUUCCCUCCCUUCCCGUCUUUUGUAGUCAAGGAAGAAAGAUGGCGCCUACGCAUGUACUGAGGUGCUGCCAGAGGGGUCUGGCAUGGAUACCGGUGAUAUUUAUUGCCUUAGUGGUGUGCUGGUCUUAUUACGCUUACGUGGUGCAGCUGUGUCUAAUUACUAUUACCAGCACUGGGGAAAAAAUCAUCUACCUGGUUGUCUUUCACCUGUCGUUCAUCAUGUUUGUGUGGUCCUACUGGAAAACCAUCUUCACGAGACCAGCCAACCCUUCCAAAGAGUUCUGUUUACCCAAAACUGAGAAGGAGCAGUAUGAAAAGGAACAACGUCCAGAGACCCAGCAGGAGAUCCUGAGGAGAGUCGCCAGCACUCUGCCGCUUUACACCCGCACAGGGGCUGGAGCAAUCCGUUACUGUGACCGCUGCCAAGUGAUCAAACCAGACAGAUGUCAUCAUUGUUCUGCAUGUGACAUGUGUGUACUGAAGAUGGAUCAUCAUUGUCCGUGGGUGAAUAACUGUGUGGGCUUCUCCAACUACAAGUUCUUCAUCCUGUUCCUGACCUACUCCCUUAUUUACUGCUUAUUCAUAGCAGCAUCCGUCCUCCAAUACUUCAUAAAGUUCUGGACUCUUUGCCGGAGGAAAUCGGCAGAAAAUUGUCCAAAGACUUACCUGACAGAGUCUCAAGCCAAAUUCCAUGUCUUGUUUCUCUUUUUUGUGGCGGCCAUGUUCUGCAUCAGCAUUCUUUCACUCUUCACUUACCACUUGUGGCUUGUGGGAAAAAACAGGUCCACCAUAGAAGCGUUCAGAGCUCCUGUCUUCAGAAACGGCCCUGAUAAAAAUGGAUUUUCCCUGGGCUUCAGCAAGAACAUUGCUCAGGUGUUUGGAGACCAGAAAAAAUACUGGCUACUUCCUGUCUUCACCAGUCAGGGAGACGGAUUUUCUUUUCCCACACGGCUGGUGACUAUUGAUCCAGAGCAGCACACUGAAUGUCUUCAGCCUAUGGGGUUGGAUAAAACUGCUGUUGAUGGAUGCGUAGAGCAACCUGACCCUCCCAGCGAAUCGCAAAACCACCUGCUCGCCAAUGAUUACCACAGUGAAGAAGAUCACAAAGAGACAGAAGUUUUAAAGUCUGAUGAAAGUGAGGCCGUUACUAUCUCCAUCGACAGCGAGUCAUAGCCAGGACUGAAGCUGGCGAAGGGUCCCGUGCCUUUGACUCCCAGUACUGGGGACUGUUGAUGAGAAUCACAGCCAUCAAAGCUGAUGCCUUAAACCUUUCUUGCUCGGAAACACUUUCGUUUGCCCAUUGCUUAAAGGUGGUCUGUCUUUAACAUCAAGUCUGUAUAGUUGCUCUUAGUCUCCGAUCAUCUCUACCAGCGUCCCUCUUGCAACCAAGAGAUUUGCACGCUCAUCUUUUUGGCAUAUGUUUUUUGCACAGCAUACGGUUUUGUUGCUCAGGCAACACAAACAGCACAGACCUACACGACAUGCAGAUUCCUCAACGGUGCAUGUGAAGCUGUUUUCUAGAAAAACACAAGUGCUGAAACAACCUCUGUUUACGUUGGGGGCAGUACAAAUACGGACAUGAUGACUUCUUUUGGAUCUGCACCAAGUAAAAGGUCUGAUGGCAUCAAGAUGGCUCAUUUGCACUUUUAAAUUCAUAGUGUCUGCAUUUUUUGGCAUGUUUUCCCUUUUAACACUCCAUUCAGUCUUCUUUUUUUAUAUUAUAAAUGCACCUUUUCACAAAGUGCAACAGUGUGUGACCAGGUGGAGGAUGUCUACAAAAGACUGAAACUAUCCUUGUUGUGUUUUCUUAAGCUGCUCCACUUGCGUGGUGACCUUAUUUGUAUUUUUCCUGUCUCGAGUGAUUCUGGUGUGAAAUGUUGGCCAGUUUACAUAUGCCAAAUAUAAGGGCUUAAUACCAGAGCUCUGAGCUUCACAGAAGUGUUUACAAAAUGUUAGGAAUACCUCUCUGCUUCUGCAGUGUAGCCAGUGUCACAUUGAAAACCAAAUGAAAUUUUGGUGUGAAGUCCUCUAAUCUUUGUAAGUUCCUCCUGCAGUUACAUAAGUGGCCAGCAGGAGGCCUUUAUUAUGCUAAAAAUUCAGUGUCCUGGAGUCAGUGGUCUCGGGUAUUGCAUUACCAGAUUGUACAUCAAUCUCAUUUUUCAAAGUAUUGUGUUUUGUACAGUUCUUUUUUCUAAACGUAAAUGUUAAUAGCUUUUCUUGGAUUAUUUAGAUUCAGAAUAUAAUUUUUUUAAACACGUUUUUGGCAAGCGGUAAGUGAUAUGGUCCUCUUUUUGUGCGUUUGUUUGUUGUACAGUAAAUUAUCAUUGGUAAAUAUAGUCCAGCGUGGAACGCAGUGUUUAAAAAUUGUGCCCGUCUGCCGUGACUUGUAGUGUGAGCUUAAUUGGAAACCGAUGUUUGGAAACCUGAUGUUUAUGUGUUACAAAGUGAACCGCAGCGAUUGCUGCCUUAUAUGCUUUGUGUUGUGAAGUAUCUAAAGAACUGACUUGACAAAUCAAGAAAAGCAAAUGUUGAGGUUCUAGAGAGCUUUAUGAGGAUGUGGAAUGAGGAAAACAAGAAAACAUAAUUGCAUUUCUAGAAAAUCUUAGCAUCUAAAAUCUGACCUAUGGUUUUUAAGUAUGGCCAGAUUUGGAAUAGGUGCUUUUGUUGUUAAAGAUAUUUGUGACUGUUUGUGUUCUGAGAAAUGUUGGUUAUUGAAUCCUCGUAGAUUCAUCUCUGUCAGGACACUCCUGCUGCUGCUAAAGAUUGCAGCAAGUUCAAGAUAUUUCAAUGUGAAAUGGUAUAGCUGUUUUUUGUGGUUUUAAUGAAUGCUCCUAGUGGUACAGAAUGGUUUAAAGAUAUUUUUAGUUUAUUUGUCUUUUGGAAAGUGUUCUUAAAUGAAUUAUACAGCCUAUACAUUAUACCGUAUAUAUAUAUAUAUACAGAUGUUUUGUUGAUGCAUCUUGAGUCUGUCUCGAAGCAUGGCCCUGAACCCAUUUUUAGUUUAUUUACUUCAAUUCAUUACCUCUUUCAUUACCUUUUAUACUAUAGGAGUAAACAUGAAGCCAUAAUAUAAAAUAACCAUUGCUGUCCUUUUUAUUAUUUUCAUAUUUCUGUUACACACACACACACACACACACGCAAACAAAGCCCUGUGUUUUACAGCAUGUCAAGUACAAUAAAGUAUGAUAUACUUGAUGUGCAAGUCUGGAGGUUAUAGAUUUGUUUUUAAUGACAUCUUUUAAAAUAUGUUACAGAUAAAGUAAACAGAAUUGCAUAUUUUAUCAUUUAAACAUUGAUAUUUUGUGAAUGAGGCACAUGCUUCUAUGUAAGAAGUAACAAUAAAUGUUAUUUUAUAGCAAA